AUGGAGGAUACUGUCUCGGACCUUGCAGCCCAGAAGAUUAGGGAGUUGUUCGCUAUUUGUGGAGUUGAAAACAGCGAGGAGCUUCUGAGGUCACUUACUACGCAUGCUGUGAACCAUCUUCGCGAAGCCCAGCUCAGAACUGGAAAAUGCAGCGGGACCGAGUCUAUCUCUCGGCUAAAAGCAACGACACUCGAAACACCCCUCACUCCGCCAAAUGACACGCGUGGAUCUGAGCGCCUUGAGAAACUGGCUGCAACGGAGGGCAGAACGACCUACAAUGAUAUGGCCGGUACAGGGGAACGGAAAAAGAGGAAGCGAAAAAGCCGCCAUGGCUUUAAAUUAAUGGAUCGGCAACCCGGAGCGCCUAGAAGCUGUGAAAGUGGGAUUUCUAGCGACAAUUCUCCCCAGAGAACUCUGUCGCCUCAAACAUAUCAAACGUCUGAAGCCGACGAAACUUUGCCAAUACCCUGCGAUAGCCCCUUGCCGUCAUUUUUUGAUUCGGCCUACGAAAUGAAGAUCAUGACAACGAUAAUUAUGGAAUGUGUUAAAUCGAACUCCGCUAUAGCGAAGUACGGACAACGCAUCAGCUCAGCUGUGAUAUCAACCGAGCUGGCAAAGAUACAGGAGUAUGUCGACAAGUUGUCCAGAUACGCUUAUGAUGAGGCGAUUGAAAAAAUUCGGAGAGACACCGCUUUCAGCGCCGGCAAAGCAAUACAGACCAAUUACAACGAAACCAUUUUUUGGCCAAUAAUCCUUAAAUGCGCCGCUUUGAUCGAUCCCGCAAUAUUGCCCCCCGCCAAAGGCCCGGUCGAUGGAUUCUCUAUGGCGGAAAAAGCUGCUACCCGGAAGUUUAUGGAGGAUAUCGGCCAUAGCUUGGGCUCCGAGAAUCAGCGAUAA